GCGGCCUGGCUGCGGGAUCGGUGCGCAGCGAUGGCGGGGCAGCCCCGGCAGCGCCCGGCCUGGGCGCCGCUGCUCCUGCGGCUGCUGCUGGCGGGGAUCGCUGCCUGCGACGCCAGCCCCGCGGACGACGGCGCUGGCCCCGGGGGCCGGGGACCCCGGGGACGCGCGCGAGGGGACGCGGGCGCCGACGAGGCAGUGCCGCGCCACGACUCCUCCUACGGCACCUUCGCAGGGGAGUUCUACGACCUGCGCUACCUGUCGGAGGAGGGCUACCCUUUCCCCACUGCUCCUCCUGUGGACCCAUUUGCCAAAAUCAAAGUGGAAGACUGUGGAAGAACUAAAGGAUGCUUUAGAUACGGCAAGCCAGGCUGUAAUGCGGAGACCUGUGACUACUUCCUUAGCUACCGGAUGAUAGGGGCUGAUGUGGAGUUUGAGCUGAGUGCAGACACGGACGGUUGGGUAGCAGUUGGAUUCUCUUCAGACAAGAAGAUGGGUGGUGAUGACGUCAUGGCCUGCGUCCAUGACGACAAUGGCAGGGUCCGCAUACAGCACUUCUACAAUGUGGGACAGUGGGCAAAGGAGGUUCAGAGAAACCCUGCCAGAGAUGAAGAAGGAGUCUUUGAGAACAAUCGUGUCACCUGCAGGUUUAAGCGCCCUGUGAACGUUCCCAGAGAUGAAACGAUUGUGGAUCUGCACUUGAGUUGGUAUUACCUGUUUGCUUGGGGUCCGGCCAUCCAGGGCGCCAUCACCCGACACGACAUAGACUCCCCACCGGCUUCAGAGCGCGUUGUCAGUAUUUACAAGUACGAAGACAUUUUCAUGCCAUCGGCUGCCUACCAGACCUUCUCCUCACCAUUUUGCUUGCUUCUCAUUGUUGCCCUGACCUUCUACCUGCUGAUGGGAACCCCGUAGCCACAGCUUCAAGGCCAGCGGACUCCAUGGAGUGCAAAGCCUUCAGUAUAUAUUUUUCAAUAAUCGCCUGUAUCAUUUUAGCUUCUGUUAUUUAAAAAACAAGUCAUGAUUUCAACAUUUUUUUUGGGGGAAAAAAAAAAGAACAAGCUUUUCUCCUAGUCAAACAGGAUUGUCAAGGCAACCCUGCUUUCGGGAAGCACUUAAAACAUUUGCAAACACUUCAAAUAUGUUUUCUAUUUGAGCUUUACAAUAUCUGUGCAUUGGCUUGGUAAAACUGAGAGUCAUAAUACCAAUUGGGAUUUAAACCCAGACAAAGGCUGCCUUUUGUUGGUCUACAUCUCUCCUAACCUGGGCUAACAUGAUCAGAUAACACAUAGCAAGGUAGAGAAAGAGCUAGACAUGGAAAGCGUAUCUCAGAGCAGUCUUUAUUUUGAGCAGCACUGCACAAGAGGGUUUACUUUGCAUGUUGCCGUGGAGAACUUUACAGGAUGUCACGAGUGCAUCAUCAGCUCUUGAGAACAUGUCUGUGGAGCAUAAAUGCUUUUAGAUAGUCACACAGUUGAUGGGGAGUAUGGGAGAAAUUAUAGUGAUAAGCAAAUGGUUUGUAUUUAUCUGAAGUAUCUUCUCAAUUAUCGAGUAGUUAUGAGAAAACAGUUCUAUAUUGCUGUUAGGAAAGAUGGAAAAUAGAACUGUGAAUAUUCCUGAAGAUGUAGAAUUUCUUUAAUGAUAAAAAUAGGAGAAUUCUUAGUACUUAGAAUUUGCUUUCUUCUGGUACUGUGUUCUACCAACUAAAGUGUUUAUGGAUGGCUCCAGCCAAUGGUGUUGUUCAAGUCAGCAUACAUUAAGUAUAAUUAAAUAUGCAUUAUGACAGACAAGUCAUCCUAAGGAAAACAUACAUGAACAUUUUUAAAGAGUGUAGCCAUCAGGAGCAAAAAUGGGGAGAAUAGAACCUACGGUAAAUUCACCAAGAGUAUAUAUUAAAAAUGUUCAAUUCUAUGUUUCCUUUUCCAGAUACUCUUUUAGUCCAAAUACCCAUGCUAGUUGCCUACCUAGAGGAGAGACGCUGUAGGCACUUAUGGGGGGGGGGGGAGGAUAUUCCCACGGUGGCGUUCCAGAAUUCUCUGAUUUGUUCCCAUGGCUUCCAAGGUGGCUCCAGCUUUGUAGCUGAGCAACACCAGACUAUGGUUUGUAAACCCAUCCCCAAGAUUCAUGUCAGA